UAUUUCAAACUAACCUCCCGGUAAAUUUUUACCAAAGUUUGUUCUCCGCCGAGGCCGGUUUCCUGCCGCUGCUGUCCAUCUUCACCGUCCGACAUUUUUUUUUUUUUUUUUUACGUUAGCGAACCAGAGUGACACGGAGCCGGUAAACCCGCCGGUUUAAACCCACCGACAGACACGGAGCCGGUUUAAAACUGGUUAACAGUGCUAGGUAACAGAUCUACUCUACGGUACCGGUCUACAGAGCUAGCAAACAGAUCUACUAAGCAGCGUGACGCCGUGAUUUCGCCGACAUGUCGUCCAAGAAGAAGACGGACGGCGACGAUCGCUUCCUGCGGGUGCAGAAGGACCCCAGGUUUUGGGAGAUGCCCGAGAGAGAACGCAAAGUCAAGAUCGACAAGCGCUUCCAGUUCAUGUUUCAUGACGAGCGCUUCAAGGUGAAUUACACGGUGGAUAAACGAGGCCGUCCCAUCAACCACACGUCCACGGAGGACCUGAAGCGCUUCUACAAGCUGUCCGACUCUGAGGACGACGAGAAGGAGGCCGAGGACAAGAAGAAGGAGAAGAAGAAGAAGGUUGGGAGAGGAGUGACAGACGAGAGGAAGAACGAACCUGAACGAGGAGUUCGAGUCAUCGAACAGGAUGAAGACAAUGAGGAGCAGCAGUCUGCAGAGGACGGUGUUGUUGAUGAAGACGUCACCGCCAGCAGUGAGGAGGAGGAUGAGGAGGAGGAGGAGUCUGGUCUGGAUUCGGGGGACGACAGCAACAGUGAGCCGGACCUGGCCAGAGGGAAGGGCAACGUGGAGACCAGCUCUGACGAGGACGAGGACGUGGACGUGGACGCCAUCCUGAGGAGGGAGGAGGAGGAGAUCGAACAUGACUGGGGAGAGCUGUGCAAAGACGUCCCGCGGAGCAACGAGGUAACCGCCCGGCUGGCCGUCUGCAACAUGGACUGGGACCGCAUGAAGGCCAAAGACCUGCUGGCUCUGCUCAACUCCUUCACGCCUCACGGAGGAGCUGUGCUGUCGGUGAAGAUCUACCCGUCAGAGUUUGGGAAGGAGAGGCUGAAGGUGGAGGAGACUCAGGGGCCGCUGGAGCUGAGACCGCUGCCCGACGACUCGGAGGACGACACCGAGGAGGAGAGGGUUUACAGAGAGAAGAUGCGCGACUAUCAGUUCAAGCGUCUGAAGUAUUUCUACGCCGUGGUGGAGUGCGACUCCGUGGAGACGUCGGCCAAGAUCUACGAGGAGUGUGACGGCUACGAGUACGAGAGCAGCUGCUCCGUCCUCGAUCUCCGUUUUAUUCCUGACGACAUGACGUUUGACGAGGAGCCCAAAGACGUGGUGACAGAUGUGAACCUGUCGGCCUACACGCCCAAACUGUUCACCUCGUCUGCUGCCGCCACCUCAAAGGUGCAGCUGACGUGGGAUGAAACCGACCACGAGCGCGUGACGACCCUGAACAGGACGUUCAACAAAAAACAGCUGCUGGACAUGGACUUCAACGCCUACCUGGCCUCCUCCAGCGAAGAAGAAGUUGUAGGGCAGGAGGAUGCAAACCACAUCAACACAACAGAGGAAGAGCUGGUCUUGGAGAAGAAACCCAGAGAGGAGGAGGACAAGAAGAAGAAGAAGAGCGAGGAGCAGAUCUCCAAGUACAGAGAGCUGCUGAAAGGCAUCCAGGACAAAGAGAAGAAGCUGCAGGAAGAUAAAGACAUGGAGAUGGAGAUCACCUGGGUGCCAGGCCUGAAGGAGGCGACGGAGCAGCUGGUGAAAAAGAAGCUGGAGGCCAAAGACAAGCUGACGCCCUGGGAGGAGUUUCUGCAGAAGAAGAAGGAGAGGAAGAAGCAGAAGAAGUCUGAGAGGAAGCAGGGAACCGAUGUGGAACAGCUCAGCGACGACGAGCUUCCUCCAGAUGUGAACCUCAGUGACCCCUUCUUCUCCGAGGAGCUCAGCGCUGCAGAACUGAAGAAGAAGAAACAGAAGAUGAAGAAACAGGAAGAGGAGCCGACGGCUGAGGAGGAAGAGGAGCUGGAGAAACAAAAGGCCCAGAUGACUCUGCUGAUGGAGGACAACGACCCCGAACACAAACACUUCAACUAUGACAAGAUUGUAGAGCAGCAGAACCUGAGCAAGAAGAAGAGGAAGAAGCUGCUGAAGAAAGGCCAAGAGCUGCUGGAGGACGACGACUUCCAGGUGGACGUUAAAGACCCUCGUUUCCAGGCCAUGUUCACCUCCCACCUGUUCAACCUGGACCCCUCCCACCCCAGCUACAAGAGGACCCAAGCCACGCAGAGCAUCCUGGCCGAGAAGCAGCGCCGACGGGAGGAGGAGCAGCGCCGCACGGAGGACGCGCUCGCCGCUCGGAAGGCCACGCCCACACAGGGCGAUUCGGCCGGCCAACAGGAAGCGGCAGGAAAGAGACGCCAGAACGAGCGGGACGGUCCGACGGCGAGCAAAGCCAUGGACCCCAGUCUGUCGCUGCUCGUCAAGUCCAUUAAAAGCAAAACGGAGCAGUUUCAGGCUCGGAAGAAGCAGAAGCUGCUCUAGUUUCUCUGUUUCCACAAAUAAAAGUGACAGACAGACGCCUCCUGGUGGAAACAGUCGGCGGGUAGGUUUCACCAGGAUCGGCCUCCUGCUGCCUGGAAGCAGGAACACAACAUGAUGGCAGUAAAAACUGACUCCCACUAACUCACAUCAGGAGCAAAUGUUGGAUUUUUACAACUUUGUGUUUCAAAUUCCUGCUAAAACCACCGACCUCUUUACAUUAAAUUCAUUUACAAACAUAACAUUAGUUGGGAUUGGUGCUUUAGUCUGACAGAACUGAUGGCACGUCGCUUAUGUCACAUUUAAAAACAAGAUAUGAACACCAUGAAGCCCAUAUUAAGGCAUUUCUGUUCACUAAACCUGCCCACGGCGACAUUAGUGUGUUAUAAAGCAUUUAUUAAAUCUUUAUAGACUGUGUUUCAAUGCCAAAUACAACUUUAGCUGAUUCAGAUGAUUACAGAACAUCUCCACAAUCAUUCAGUAAAUUAAUCUUUACACAUGAAUACUUGGAUUAAAGCAGCUACAGAUCAAGUGUUCUUCAGUGAUGAAGACAGUCCAGCCAAGCACCGCUAACCUGCUAACCUGUAGCCGCUUCACAAUAAAAGCCUCCAUGGUUUUCCAGUGGAAGGCUUUUAAUGUGAAGGACCAACAGCAGUAUUGAGUUAGUUAGCCUUUCUCUAACUUUAGCUGUGGAGUUAGCUUCUCUCUAAUUUUAGCUGUGGAGUUAGCUUCUCUGCCUAACUUUAGCUGUGUGGUUAGAUUCUCUCUCUAACUUUAGCUGUGUAGUUAGCUUCCCUCGAACUUUAGCUGUGUAGUUAGUUUCUCUCUAAUUUUAACUGUGGAGUUAGCUUCGCUCUAAUUUUAGCUGUGGAGUUAGCUUCUCUGUAACUUUAGCUGUGUGGUUAGAUUCUCUCUCUAACUUUAGCUGUGUAGUUAGUUUCUCUCUAAUUUUAACUGUGGAGUUAGCUUCGCUCUAAUUUUAGCUGUGGAGUUAGCUUCUCUGUAACUUUCGCUGUGUGGUUAGCUUCUCUCACUAACUUUAGCUGUGUGGUUAGUUUCUGUCUCUAACCUUAGCUGUGUAGUGAGCUUCUCUCUCUAACUUUAGCUAUGUAGUUAGCGUCCCUCUGUAACUGCAGCAGUAACUUAUCACAACGCCACGAGUCUGGAAGUUUUCACAACUAAUAUUUGCUGCUUUAACUUACAGAUUGAAGUUUUAAUGGACAUAUUAAGCAGCAUUAAUUAGCUUCAAUUUAAUCUUCACUGUAGAUUAAACUUGGAAUGAUUCAUCGGUUAAUGGUCAGCAGUUUAAUAAAAACAGUCUAAAUUCUGUGAUUGUAGCUUCUUAAAUGUGAAUAUUCGCCACUGACGUUGAUUUGACCAGAGAACAGUCUGCAGCGACUGAAAACAGGACGCCGCUAAUGCUAGCUGCUAACGUUGGCUAAUCAGCACUUGCUAAUAUCCGUGUUUCGAUGUAUUUAUGGAUCCAAAAUGGAACCAGAUUCUGCAUUGAUCAGAUCAGUUUAACGCUCCGAGCCCAAGAAGUUUCUGGGUGUUUUAUUUUGCCUCAUUUUUCUUCACCAUGGUUCAUUUUUAAUCUCAGUUCCUGCAGCUCUCACCAUGAGUUUUAUUGAUGUAGUAAUAAUGAUUCUUGCUUUAGAAAGUUUGAAGCAUCCUGGGCUCUAGGUACCUAUACCAUUCUGGGUAGAAAGGCCUUUAAAGCCAUGGUGGAUGUACGUCAUGAAAAGAUCAGAGAAAAGGCUAUUCUGAGGCUAAACAGGCCACAGCAGUUAGUCUCACUGCAGAUAUGUGGACAUGUUGAUUUUGCAGUUACAGGUUUGUCAGAAAAAUUAGAACUUAAACUGUCCUUUUAGGUGUUCAAAAGUUCUCCGUGUCACACAGUAGCCAACUUGGAUGAUACAGCUAGAGGCAUCAUAGCCAAGUGGAUCCUUCCAGCCAGGAUCACUGGUCUGAUCACAGAUAGGGCCCAAGUGUCAACCAGCUGAGUAUUAGACACAUUUAUCGUUUUGCUCAUGAAGAAAUCUUUAGCACAAACUCCAGAUUUGUAGGCAAUCUGAACCCAGAAAUUGGGAGUUACUUCAAAUCUAGCACCACUGCCAAUGUGGGAUUUCUAUGAUAUUUCUAAAUGGAGUUUUUAUACUAACUGCUUGCUUUUAUAGAAUUAUAUUCCUAAUGUUUUACACUGUUUACUGUUUAAGAGUGGAAAAGUACUAGGUGAAAAGUUAUGAUGAAGACUCUGUUUCAAGGUUAUGCUAGAAGACUCUGUUCCACAGAUAAGAAAAACUGCUGAGGUUUCACCCUCCCCCACAAAGAGGAACCGUCUUCACAGCUGUGGGUCUCGGAGCACAGCAUCCAGAUCAGAAGCAGAACAACAAGAUGGCCGCUCAUAUGCAAAGGAGGGGGUCAGAUGUGCAGAAGACAACCAGUCAGAAGAAAGACACACCCUGAAUGCUUAUGCACCUGUGAAACUAGAUAUAAGGCUGGGUCAGCGUGUCAGACUUCAUGAACUGAAAAGAACUCUGUUGUUGUCAGGGAUAGAAGUUGGGACCCAGAGCUCUGUAUGCUAUAUUCAAUCUACUGUUAAAUAAACAUGUUGAAUGAGACCUAAA